AUGGGUGGCUUUUUCUCAAGUAUAUUUUCGAGUCUAUUUGGAACCCGAGAAAUGAGGAUUUUAAUUUUGGGAUUAGAUGGAGCAGGAAAAACUACAAUUUUGUACAGAUUACAGGUUGGAGAGGUUGUUACUACUAUUCCUACCAUUGGAUUUAAUGUUGAGACGGUAACAUACAAGAACCUUAAAUUUCAAGUCUGGGAUUUAGGAGGACAGACCAGUAUCAGGCCAUACUGGAGAUGUUAUUAUUCAAACACAGAUGCCGUCAUUUAUGUAGUAGACAGUUGUGACCGAGACCGAAUUGGCAUUUCCAAAUCAGAGUUAGUUGCCAUGUUGGAGGAAGAAGAGCUGAGAAAAGCCAUUUUGGUGGUAUUUGCAAAUAAGCAAGACAUGGAACAGGCUAUGACUCCUUCAGAGAUGGCAAAUUCACUUGGGUUACCUGCCUUGAAGGACCGAAAAUGGCAGAUAUUCAAAACUUCAGCAACCAAAGGCACUGGCCUUGAUGAGGCAAUGGAAUGGUUAGUUGAAGCAUUAAAAAGCAGACAAUAA